UCAAACCUACGCGUCCCAGUCUCAGGUGUCAACGUCAAACAGGAAAAUGUAUGGAGAAAGUGUCGAUAUCGGCCUUCUGGAGUCUAUUGGUCGGUAUCUUUUGGAAGAUGAUUUUGAAACUCAAUGUCCGGCGACUGAUGAUACUAUUAAUGUUGAUCAAUGGAUAACCUUUGAUCAGUUUUUGGAUGAUUUCGCCGUCGCUGGAGAAUUAAAUGUCUCCUUUCCGACCAGAGAAGUGAAUGCUGAUUCCGAAGUGGUGGAAACUAAACCCCACGCGCUGCCGAAGAAGGCGCAUUAUAAGGGUGUGAGGAGGAGGCCGUGGGGGACAUACGCGGCGGAGAUAAGGGAUCCGAAGAGGAAAGGUGCGAGGAUCUGGUUGGGUACUUACGAGACGCCCGAGGAUGCAGCGUUGGCUUAUGAUAGAGCGGCUUUCGAAAUGCGCGGCGCGAAAGCCAAGCUGAAUUUCCCUCACCUUGUUGGGUCGGAUCAGGUGGAGCCGGUAAGAGUGAGCAAUAACAAGCGGCGGUCUCCGGAGCCUGCUUCGUCUUCGGCUUGGUUAUCAUCGGCUUCGUCCACGUCGGAUAACGGAACUCCCACGUCGAAACGGAGGAUGAAUGAGAUUAACUCAGUUGUUAAAUCUGAGUUUGAACUAAACAUGUAUUAAAUCAGUUGAUCCUGACAGUUAUCUGAUAAAUGGAAAAAUUAGUGAUUUACUACUAA